CAACGCGUGUCAAUCGACUUUUAACUGUUUGAUAUAGCAUAAAAAAUUCCAAAAAUAUAUUUCAUCGCUUAGGAAUCACUAGUACGGCCUCCUUUUUUUUUAGUUGUCAAAAGUUUAGGCUAGAUUUUAAAUAACUGAUGUCGUUGUCUACGACUAUUAUCAUAAGUGACCGCCCAACAAUCUAAAUUCGGGCAUAUCCACUGUAAUCUCAGGUUUUUAAUUUAUUACAAGAUUAUCAUAUUAUUAUUUUUUGGAAAAAAGUCUGUCCUUAUUUGUAUUGAAAAAACUUGGGUAUUUCUAUUAUGUUGACUAUUAACUUUUAACUGGCUCAAAGGUAUCAUUAGGAGGCCAUAAAAAUUUUCAAAAACAAUUAACAUUACCUCGUUAAUAGUAGCCAAACACAAGAAAUCAAGAUAUUUGACGAACGGAAGAAAAAACGGUACCUUUUUGUCUUAGCCUAUUGAUGUUAUUGAUAUAUAGACUAGCAUGGCCGGUUAUAUUUUGCUAUGAUUGUCAUAUUGUUUCUCUAUUUAAAUCGGAUUUUGUUCACAAGUUUUAAUUGAUUUGUGCUGAACCCCAAUUAUUUUCCCCAAAUAGAAUUCUGCUAAAUCGACUCUGUCAUUUCACAGAUUAACGGAAAAAAAAAAUUUUUAUUUUUAUUUUUGAGUCCUUUUUGUAAGCAGUGUAAAAAAUAUUCAUUUAGUAAAAAUAUUUUUUUUUGACAUCGCAUACAAACCUUUUUUGUAUUAUAUUUAUUUGUAUAGAUUAAUUUGGUAUAUCUUUAUUGUUUCGUAUUUGUAUUUUAGUAUCCAUAACAUAAUCUACUAAAAUAUAUAUCAUAAAAUCCUAGUCUCUGGCUAUAUAACGAGUUUUAUUUAACUUCGACAUAAAAAAAACGUAACGCGACUUAGUAUUGUAAUAAAAAUAUUAUAAUACUAGAUGCGCUUUCUAGUCAAAUAUAUCUACUUAAGGUAUGUGCCGAUGGUCAACCAAAACGGUUGACAAAAAAAAUCCAUUUUUUCGACAGAUGUAAAAAUAAAAAUAAAGUGAUAUUUAUUCGAGCGUCCAUUGCUUUUCUGUUCCGUACAUCGACGCCUUAUCUCGGUCAUGAUUUUUCGUUGUUAUAUUAAACUGCACGUGCUUCAUUGCGAGCAACAAUGAGACGUCGCAGUGCGCUCAUAUAUAAUGACGAACCUUAACAUAUUGUUAAUGUACGCUCUCCUGAUAAGUUCCGAAGGUGUUAGAAUAAACUUCACGAGUUGCCAAAACGCUGGCUGGUCUUGUUUCGCAACAAAGGACAUUGUUUACAGUUGUGCUAAUGUCAAAAGUAAUGACUUCAUAAUACAUCUAAAGGACUUUUACACGGAUGAUAUAAAAAGUUUAACCGUGCAGAAUUGUAAGGACGUCAAAGUGGUCCUCGACUGCCCUAUAUUACAGAAGGCAUCUUCGCUUCAAAAGUUCAAAGUAAAAGACUGCGACAAACUCCAAUUCAUCUCCCUAUCGAACAACUCCCCGGUUCAGACGCCGCCGGAAGUUACCAUAGAGAACGUGAAGGAAGUGGUGUCUUUACCAAGGAAGUUCUUCAGAUCACCGACCACUGCUAACGAAGUGAAAUGCUCCGGUACCGCCUCCCUGAAAAGUAUAAGUGUCGUCGAUAGCUAUAUAAAAUCAAUAAACACAAGGGCCAUUUACAACGUAACCGGAGUCAGUAGCGUUGAGUUCGUGAAUGUGACUAUCGGUGAGAUUCAGAAUCAAGGUAUAGAGGCCAUAUUAGGGAACGAGGACACGUUGUUUUCGUUCGCCAACAACAAAAUAGAAAGCUUGAGAUAUAAAGGCGUAGCUGUACAAUGUACAAGUGCGUUCUUCACGGAGAACACAUUUCGGGACGUCCUUAGUAAUUCGUUGAAUGUCACCGCGGACAAUCUGAGUGUCGUUGGUAACAAAUUCAAACAGGUCAACGGUCUGAUACUGAAAGCUUCGAGCAUAGAAAUAUCGAAAAACGAGUUCGGCACGCUCAAGAGCAACGCUUUCACGAACGUUAAGUGUUUAAGAAGAAAUACCGGUAGAAGAGGUUUCACGUUCGCUCUGAAUACUGUAGAAAACGUUGAACCACAUUCGCUGGUCUUCGAUUACGCUAGUUGCAAGACAGCCGGCGCCUCUGUUACGUAUGAAAACAACAAAAUCGAUUGCAGAUGCCGCGACAUAGACUUCUUGGAUGCUCCAACUGAACUCAACAGCUUAAUUCUGGACUUGUCGUUUAACAACACGUGCUUAUCGGCACCCUGUCUGCUUCCCGUCGAGAUUGUCAAGCUGUUGUUGGAGAGGGGAAUGUGCGAUAUAAAUCUCGAUCCUCAAAUAAUGUGCUUGUUGUACGGCGAUAGGCAUCUCGCGAACAACGAGUUGACGACAGACGAGGACGUCACCGAGCCCACGUCCACAUUUUACAUAAUACGCCAGGCAGAUCCCCUUGACGGCGGCGCUAGUUCGUUAACGGCUAUAAACAAGGACGAACUCCUUAGGGACAGCCAUUUCAACAUAACGAAUAGAACGUCUAUUAGAGUCGUUUUCGAUUCAUCUAGAGACUUCGUUGAGACCUUGCGAGGCACGGAUUCGUCUCGUAAAAAAACCACAGACAAAGUCAACGAGGAAUACACGAACAGAUGUGUCGGUCCUCAGUGCAGGAACAACGCGGUGCAGGACAAACAGAAGGCGCUUGAUUUUUACAAAUUCAUUUAUAGUCAGCUACGCCAGCCGAGGGCAAACGAUAAGAAGAAGAAAAAGAGGUGAUUGUAUUUUGUUUUGCAAUAAAAGAACAUCGUAAUCC